UAUUAAUGAGGCGGGCAAGAGGCCCGGGUGAGGGUGUGGGGCUUUGCUCCUGCCCCGCUGAGAGGAGGGGGUCACAGAAACCAAACCAAUUCAGAGAGCCUCAGUCCUUGGCGGGAAGGAGCUGGGCCCAGUUGCCCUGACCAUUGCCAGCAGUGGAGGUUUUGCCCCCUCAAGGCUCCCAGAGGGCAGACAUGCAUGGGGUGGAGCAGCCCCUGGAGGCCAGUGGAGUGCGGGUGGAGGCGGCACAGAGCCGAGGAGCCGCCCCAGGAAGAGGGAGCGGCCUGCCGGGAGCCAGGGAGUAGCUGGAGCGGGCAGCAGGAGCCAAGUUCCAGGCCAUGGGGACCCUGCAUCCUGAGCAGCACUGGGUAAGAAGCUGGGAUAUGACAAAUGACAAGCCAGAGAAGGCUAGCUGUAGCCAUCCUGCUCUCUCCGUUUUAUGUCUCUCAGCCCCAGACUGUCCAUCUCAACUAGAGAAUAAAGGACAAGUCAGAGGCUGGUCCAAAUAGGGGCAUGGGAUGGGCAUCUGAAUGAGGCAAUGCCAAGACUAGUGAGAGAUUGCCAUGGAGACAGAGGGCAACAGAGAUGGUAUUCUGGAAAAGAGGUGGGCCCGUGGGGUCUGAGAGCACCAUAGAGAUCAGAGAUGGGUUUGUGGCAUCAGAGGUCUGUGGGGACAGAGAGAACCACGGAGACAAGAGAUGUGGCAUGGAGGCCUUGUGGCACAGGAGUGGGUCUAUAAGUGUAAAGAUGGGUUGUUUGGGGAAGAGAUGAAACUACAGAUUGAGCCAGUCUCUGGAGAUAGGCACGCAGCCAUUAGAAGAGAUGAACUAUAGUAAGUAGUAGAGGUGUCGCGACAUGGACAUUAAGGACAGAUUUAAAAGGUGACCAAAGCUGGUCAUGGUGGUGUGAGCCUUUAAUCCCAAGACACGGGAGGCAUAGGCAGGCGGAUCUUUUGAGUUUAAGGUUAGCCUGGCCAGUUCCAGGGCAAGCCAAGGAGACUUCUGAAAAGGGAGAGGUGGGCAGGCAGACAUGAAGGUUGAAAUUGGGAUUAGAAGUGGUUGAGGGUCUAUUCCAUGGGACCAUGGACCAGGAAACUGGUGGGGGUGGAAACCAGGAGGUGGGGGUAGGGUGGAGAUGAGGAUAGAUACUGGGGACCUGUGCCAGGUCAGUCAAAACCCCCAACAGAUGUGAGGGCAGAGUGAAGCCAGGCAGGCGCAAGAGAUGGGGGGAGUGACAGGUGAAGUAGGGUCCGAAAUGGAGCAGCCAGGGUCAUGUGGCAGUGCCCUGGGCACAGAAGAUUGGGACCCUAGUCUCAUUGUGCCCUCUUCUUAUCUACGCAGCCCUCUUGGCCACUGAUAUGAGCCCCUACAGGCUUAACCUGAGCCUAGUGGAUGAGGCAACAACGUGUGCAACGUCCAGGGUCCCCAAUACAUCUGUGGUGCUGCCAACAGGCGAUAAUGGCACAUCACCAGCGCUGCCAAUCUUCUCCAUGACGCUGGGUGCUGUGUCCAACGUGCUGGCGCUGGCGCUGCUGGCCCAGGUUGCAGGCAGACUGCGGCGGCGCCGCUCGGCUGCCACCUUCCUGCUGUUUGUCGCCAGCCUGCUUGCCAUCGACUUAGCAGGCCAUGUGAUCCCGGGCGCCCUGGUGCUUCGUCUGUAUACUGCAGGACGUGCGCCUGCUGGAGGGGCCUGUCAUUUCCUGGGAGGCUGCAUGGUCUUCUUCGGCCUGUGCCCACUUUUGCUUGGCUGUGGCAUGGCCGUGGAGCGCUGCGUGGGUGUCACGCAGCCUCUGAUCCAUGCGGCGCGCGUGUCCGUGGCCCGCGCACGCCUGGCACUAGCCGUGCUGGCUGCCACGGCUUUGGCAGUGGCGCUGCUGCCACUCAUACAUGUGGGUCGCUACGAGCUACAGUACCCUGGCACCUGGUGUUUCAUUAGCCUCGGGCCUCGUGGAGAUUGGCGCCAGGCGUUGCUUGCCGGCCUCUUCGCCGGCCUCGGCCUGGCUGCGCUCCUUGCCGCACUAGUGUGCAACACGCUCAGCGGCCUGGCGCUCCUCCGUGCCCGCUGGAGGCGGCGUCGCUCUCGACGUUUCCGAGAGACCGCAGGUCCCGAUGAUCGCCGGCGCUGGGGAUCCCGUGGACCCCGCUUGGCCUCCGCCUCGUCUGCCUCAUCCAUCACUUCAACCACAACCACCCUCCGCAGCUCUCGGGGCGGCGGCUCCGCGCGCAGGGUUCACGCACACGACGUGGAAAUGGUGGGCCAGCUCGUGGGCAUCAUGGUGGUGUCGUGCAUCUGCUGGAGCCCCCUGCUGGUGUUGGUGGUGCUGGCCAUCGGGGGCUGGAACUCUAACUCCCUGCAGCGGCCGCUCUUUCUGGCUGUACGCCUCGCGUCGUGGAACCAGAUCCUGGACCCAUGGGUGUACAUCCUGCUGCGCCAGGCCAUGCUGCGCCAACUGCUUCGCCUCCUACCCCUGAGGGUCAGUGCCAAGGGUGGUCCAACGGAGCUGGGCCUAACCAAGAGUGCCUGGGAGGUCAGUUCACUGCGUAGCUCCCGGCACAGUGGCUUCAGCCACCUCUGAAUGUGCCUAGAAGCUAAGCCAAAGCAUUCUGGGCAGGGCUCAGGGGCAUAGAG